AUGUCUUCACAAAAGAAUGAGAAAUGGUCGUCCAUGGCUUCGUUAUCGAAAUUUUUUUCGACUAUUUCUCAUAGUCUAUUGUUUACAUCGAAGAAAUCUUCUCAAACAUUGAACAAGAAGAAGAGGAAUAGUAAGAAAGUAAAACCGACAGAAUCUGUUUUCAAAAACGUCCAUUUCGUUCCACAAAGUGCGCCAAUCAUUCGUCGCUAUCUGUCUCAACCUAAUGCAAAAACUAGUCGAAUUGAAAUUUCAAUGAAAGAAAAUCAUUAUCGAUCCUUAGUACAAGAAAAUGUGCACAAGAAAAAGGAAGACAUCGAAGAACAGGAAGAAGAAGAAGAAGAAGAAGACUAUUCAAGAUAUUCACUUCGACCCAAUUUAUCUCUUUUCAACAUAAGUGUGGAUAAUUUUGAUAAAAGAUCACAAGAUUACGAUCAAGAUGGGUCACGGCAACAGGACUGGCUCGACGAUAUUUUUCACUCGACCAAGAUAGGAGAAUAUUAA